AAAACCAUUCUCGCGAUCUUCUGCUAUAAAUAGCAGGCGAAAUCAUUAAGCUGGCUCAUUGGUUUGAGCAGACGUCCAUGAGCAGACCAGAUGUUUUGAAUCGUCUAGCGGUAUUUAUUUUUUGGAAACAUCAAAUCCAAACCGCCUGCGUCUGAAGAUUUAUUGAAAUCUUGAUCCACAAACGCGUUUCUUUUGUAAUCACUUUCAAAACGCUUGAGAGUGUUUUCAGCGAAACGCAACGCGAUCCUGAACUUCGCCUUCGCCGCCGACUUUGAGCCGAACGUGUUUGAACUAGAAGGCGCUUAGUGUUGUGUGGACGCUGACGAAUACCUACUUAAGCUGCAAAAAGACGUAUGGAGAAUCCCAUCUGCUGUUCCAUGGACGGGAAAUCAGACCAGUGCUCAUCAUCUCGAUCGUCUGCUUCGACCACCGUCGUCUGCGAUAAAGGGCUUGAUCAAGUCCAUUUCGACUACGCCAGCUACGACACCCAUCUUAACAAACAGCUCAUCCGAAACAAUAUGAUGAAUAAACACAGAUGGAUGAUACCAUACUGCACAGUGGCAGCUGUCUUCAUUGCUUGUGGAGCGCUGCUCGGUUUGGUUGCAGUCUACGUGGAGCUAUGUCGGGCAAACACCGUUCUGAUGACAAACAGAGAACUGAUCCACGCUCAAGAAAUACAGAUGUUAAACCAAACACAUGCAAUGGAUCAACUGAGAAAUGCAAUGGAGGGUCCCGGUACCAGGUUUCAAGGGGCGCCGAGGGCCGAUGUUGUCUCCGAGGAGGCUUCCGUAAAGGCGGCUACAGGAACAGUUUACUUUCACUGGGGUGUGGGGGACUGCCCUGAUACAUCCAGCUUGGUUUAUUCUGGUUUUGCAGCAUCUGGCAGCAGCAUGUCAGUAAACAAAGGGGGUGGAGGAAACAUCUUGUGCAUGGUGAGCGAUCCAGAGUAUGACAUGACUACAGGAGGCAGCCAGGACUUCAGGGGAAAGAUCUACAGUCUCGAGUACAGGAACGGCAACAACUUUGGCACCCAAUCCGACCUACAUGGGCAUGAUGUCCCCUGUGCUGCCUGUAUGACUGGGGGAGGACGUCAAGCCACUCUGAUGAUUCCUGGAAGGAUUACUUGCCCCGACAACUGGACCCGUGAAUACAGUGGCAUCCUCAUGUCCAGCAGGAAUAACAAUGUGCGAACAUCUUACACCUGUGUUGCAAUUGCAGCGGAGUCUCGACCUGGCACCAUGGUCGAGGACGGCAAUAGCUCUCUUCUCUAUCCUGUGGAAGGAGUGUGUGGAACCGGUGGAGGGUUACCUUGUGGCCCGUAUGUAGAUGGCAAUGAACUGCAGUGCGCCGUGUGUUCCAAAUAAAUCGGGAAGGCUAUGGAGUACAGUUCAAGCUGCUUCAGUGACUAACUGUGUAUAAAUAAAGGCCACCUGUCUAUCUAUAAUGGUCACUCACAUCCCAGUCCUACCAAACCAACACCAGACCGACAACAGACUGCACAAGAUCUACAUUACCUUAUUAAAUGGCAAAUACAGUCAAACCUGUCUAUCGAGGCCACCCACGAAAAAUAGAAAGUUGACACUGUAGACAGGUGAUCUUUCUAGACAGGUACAACAACAAAUAUUUUUUUUCGAGAGAGACAAAAUGCAUGGCCCCUAUAGACAGGCGGCCUUCAUAGAUAGGUGGCCACUAAGACAGGUUUGACUGUAUUUUGUCAGUUAUUGGUUGAGGUUGUUCUUGUGGUGAGACUGGGGAAAGAUUUAUAAGAGGAAAUGUAUGUAUUUGUUAUAGAAUGCAUCUAGAAAGGCCACCAAUCCUUGAUUACUUCUUCCAUCUUUCUAGGGUGAUUUUCAUAAAAGAAGAAAUAUUGUUGUUUAAACAGAAAUACCCCUUUUUAAUCACAUUUUGAAGGGGACUUCUUGAUGAAAAUGAUUACUUUUUGAGGGGCAUUUUCAAGAGGUUUAAUAAUAUAUUUUCACAGUAUAUCUAUAUAACAGAUGAGAUCUUUUCCUCCAAUUUGUACAUUCCAAGAUGCCAACGUUUUUUUUUUUAAUGUCACAGACCCAGAGGAGAAAAAUAUCCUUAUUGUAGGACAGGUAUUCUGAACUUACUUGGCAGUGGGCAAGAAAUAUACUUGAAAUUAAAUUGCAGACCUCUGAAUUUUCAUUUUCAAUAUAAGAGGGCAUUUCUAUAACCCUCC